AUGAUGCUGCCAUCGACGGGGGCGCGCAGCCCGAUGUUUAUGCUGGCGUGCACAGCCGGCUUCGCCCUGAUCUUCAUUUUUGGUUUCAUGGCAUGGUCAGCACCGGAGAGCAUACCUUUCCCCCAGCGCGGAGGGUCGACGCACGUCGAAAUGACCUUCAGCGAUGCGAAAACACCCAACAUCAACGACAUCCUGCGCGUCCUGUACGAGCCGCUCAAGGUAUCGCCUUCUGAGCCCUUCAUCCGCGAACCCAAUGGCACCAAGAUCGUGCUUCCCGGAAACCCGCGUUAUACGAAAAAAAUGGGCAGCGACAUCUUGAUCUUGGAUCUUGACACUAGGCCGCUCAAGUCGACUGAGAUGUUCGAGAAGGGCGAAUAUGAUUGGCGCAACAUCAACCACGUUUCUGGUGGUGUAUUCGCUCACUACGCCUACGCUCAGAUUCACGGCUAUGACUAUAAGUUCGUCCAUGCGACAGAAUUCGAAGACCGACACGCAACCUGGAUUAAGCCCUCUGCGCUCGCCAACGUAAUCAAGGACUACAAGUUCGUUGUCUUCCUCGACGCAGACGCAACUUUCCGCUUCAUGCAGCUACCCAUUGAGUGGAUGAUGAACUACUGGAAUGUGGAACCCCACCACUCGUUUGUCAUGGCGAAGGACCCCUGGACCGCGAAGGAGCCGCAAUACAACUCCGAUCGCUUCAACCGCACAUACACCAACACCGGGUUUAUGAUCGUCCAGAACAACAAGCAGGUCAUGCCCAUCCUGAAGGCAUGGCACGAGUGCCCGGACGAUGUCCGCUACCCCAACUGUUCGCAGUGGAAGGAGCCCAAAUUCCACGAGCAGUCCGCGUUCGGCGAGUACAUCCGCUACGACUACGAGGAGAACAUCAUGGAGCUCGACUGCGGCCAGGCAAAUGGCUUCCCCGGCGUCGAGGUCAGCAACUGUCAGGGCAAGUUCAUUCGCCACUACUGGUUCGAGAAGCACCUCGUCAAGCUCGACUACCGCGAAAACCUCAUGAACGCCAUCACCUACCCGAUUCAAAAGCUGUUUGCCGAGAAGAAAGGCGUGGUUUUUGAACAGAAGGAGAAUGUCAUUCAUUAG